AUGGCAGUGCUGGUGCUAACAGUGUUGCAGGUGGGCUACCUGGGCCUGGACGUGAGGGACGCGCAGCUGGGCGAGUCUGAAAUUGAGAGAAUUAAAAAUGCGCCGACGAUCUACGACACGACCUUCAUCAAGGAAAUGGCAAGGCCAAUUACGCGGUUGCCCGAUUUGAUACCACGGACCUUCAACUUGCAGGAGGACUACGUCCACUCGUUUCCAAUAACAUCGAUGAGAUCAGAUAGAGAGUUGGAGGACCUGAAGAGGGAGUACUUGACGAUCGAAGGGGGAAUACACCAGCAGACUCUCCCAGUAUGUUCAACUAGAGUAUCCAUUUACCAUAGCAUCCAGCAAUCUCUGUCUGUUGACUUUCUAGGUUUGAAACUCAUACUAUUUAUCUAUUACGCUACUGUUGCUAGCGAUGCGUGUUGCAGAUUGGGAGCCCAUGCGCCAAUCGACCUAACAAAGGAGCUGAGGGGAAUAAUAAGUUACUCGGCAAUAUGGGACCUGUUGCAGUUUUUGAACAUCUGCGACGGGGCUGAAAUUGAGCUUUUUUAUCCAAGAAUGAAUUUGAAGGAGGUGGCACGCGAGCUCAAGGUUGGACUGGACAAAGUCUACGAGUGCCUAAAUAAGUUAAAGGUAAAGGCGCCCUUUGGAGACGAUACAAGGCUGAAUUUAACAUGUCUGAAGUCGUUGGAGUACCACAUAAAUAAAGUAUAG